AUGCCUUAUUACUGUUAUCAGUGUGAGAGGACUGUAGAUGCAAAUCAAGUAAGUUCUACUUAAGGUUUAAGUGCUUUGUUUAGCAUCUACGCUGCUCCAGUUGUGAUGGCGAGUUUAUUGAAGAGGUUGCACCACAACCAGCAUUCAAUAUAACCAAUAGAGGUCCUGCACAAAUUUCAUUUUUUGUCGGUGGAAAUCGUGUCAAUUCAGGAGCCCAGCCGGAAGGUUUCCCUGCUGUAAGUUAUUCAAUUCUUUAUAUUAUUACUUCUUUAGUUUUUGCAAAGUUUGAUAGGAGCUGCUGGACCGUCAUCUGGCAGUUUGUUUUUUGCACAACCUUCUGGUGAUAGUAGGCAAAAUAACGCUCCAAGGCAGCCAAGUCCGAAUAAUUCUAAUGCUAAUGGUCAACAACAGUCCGGUAGCAACAAUCCUAAUGAAAUAUUCGGUCAAUUUCUCAACCAAAUAAUGGCAAAUCUCUCAUCCAACGUUCCACAAGGAGGACAAGUACAUAUUCAGAUUGGAAGAGGUAACAACGGUGGUGGGUAAGCGUUUUUUUUCAAGAAUUAAUGCAAUCCGUCCUGGUUAUUAUAAUGAAGAUAAUUUUAGAGUAACAACGAAUCUUGGUGAUUAUGCGUUGGGAGACGCAAAUUUUGAUGAGAUUAUAACGCAAUUGCUUAACGGUUACGAGCAGAACAUUGGAUUGUCAAAGUCAGACAUAAAACGCGUCCCGAUAAUCAAUGUUACUUCUACUCAUGUUGAAAACGGAACUCAAUGCACCACUUGCUUUGACAAUUUUGAACUUGACCAAGAAGUGGCACAACUCAACUGCAAACACAUAUUCCACAAAGAUUGUAUUACGCCGUGGCUGGAGCGACAAAAGACCUGCCCUAUCUGUCGCCAACCGGUCGACCCGUCUCAAUGGCCGGAAGGAGAAAAAGAUCGUGUAAUUACUGAUGUAGAUGAAUUGGAUUAG